AUGGUAACGAAGAAUGUGCGUGACGAAAUGCAAAAAAUACGUGAGCAAAUCAGCGGAGAGUUCAACAAGCACAAUAAAGAGCUGCUGCUCGAAAUCCAACAGACUCAGGUUAAGCUAAUGGAAGCGCAGAGGGAUCUGCAACGACAGUUAGCAGUUAUGCGCGGACAAUACGAAGACUUAAGAAGGCCAAAACUGCGUGCAUUCACGACUGAUGGAGAUCAACUAGAAGCGCUGCUUUCAACUUGUAAUUUUCCCCAAUUACUACCAAUAUCCAAUAUGAUUAAGGCCAUGAAAAGAAGCUCACCCGGUUUCAUUCGCUUGCUCGGCUAUCCAUCGCACAGUCCACUUUUGUGGUUCUGCGUUAUUUCUAGGUGA